GGAGCUAGUGGUUAGGCAUGUAUUCUGCCUCAACUUUCGGGGAGUUGGGUCUAUUUUCUUGCUUGCUGAAACCUGUUUCAAAAAGAAAGUGAAAGUGUAAAACGAAAGGAAACAUGAAAUAAAAGAGAGGCAAGCUGAAUGGAAAAGAGAGAGAGGCUCGGCGCAAGCUAAGCCUUUCGGCUGGUGUUGAUCUGAGGCAGGAGUGGCUUGAAGCUGCGUCAGGAGAGUGUGAGCGGAAUGCGCUCGGGCUGAAGAAACUAGUUGGGAGGCGGCCGGUAGGGCGAAGGAGCUUGAGCUGCUGUCUGCAGGAGCGAGUGAGGUGAGAGCCAACUUCUGCAGGGGUGUGCAGCACGGGAGGAGACCUCCGGUCGGGAAAAGAGGCAGAGAAAGAGUGUUCUUGAAAUAUAAAGGAUAGAAAGCUGCUUUUGACCUGCCCAGUGGACUCUCUUGGUUCCAGAUGACAGCUGUCGAAAGAACAAACUAAUAUAAGCAGUUCUGUGGGAUUCUUAUAUCCUUACAACUUUUUUUUGCAAUAUUCUGUUUGGAUCUUAUGAUGUCCAUGAUGGAUAAGAUUCCACAGGAAUCUGGCUCUUCAGACAUGGAUACAGAAAACCAGGGAGAAUUAGCAGAUCAAGUUGCAGCCAUGGACAUUGGCACUGAAGGUCUGGUUGGUCCAGACAGCAAAAAGGGCUUUCAAACCAAAGGACUAAAUGGUGAACAAGACAGCUGCACUGUCAAGUCUGGGAUUAAGAAACCAGCCAAGAGGGAGUGGCUUUCUAACAGAAAGUUAUCUCUACCAGAGCGACCAUCUGGAAGCUACACAGGAACUGGCGGCUCUGUGUUUGGGUCAUAUGCAACUGGCUCCUCAAGUCAUGUCUCUCCCAGAAUGACACGUAGGCCAACGAUUGAGUCUACAAAGAUAUCAAUUUCUGGCUGUCAGGACUGUGUACAGCUAAAUCAAUACAAACUCAAAAGUGAAAUUGGAAAGGGUUCCUAUGGGGUGGUUAAGCUUGCCUACAAUGAAGAUGAUGACAAAUACUAUGCAAUGAAGGUGCUUUCCAAAAAGAAGCUGAUGAAACAGUAUGGAUUCCCUCGUCGCCCCCCACCUCGAGGAGCCAAAGCUGCUCAAGGUGAACAGCCAAAACCUUUGGGUCCAUUAGAGAGGGUGUACCAGGAGAUUGCUAUCCUGAAGAAGUUGGAUCAUAUCAACAUUGUCAAACUAGUGGAGGUGCUUGAUGAUCCUUCAGAAGAUAAUCUUCACAUGGUUUUUGAACUUGUGCAAAAGGGCCCAGUGAUGGAAGUGCCAACAGACAAGCCAUUCACAGAGGAGCAGGCACGGAUCUACUUCAAAGACGUGGUCCUGGGCAUCGAAUAUUUACACUACCAAAAAAUCAUUCAUCGGGAUAUAAAGCCUUCAAAUUUACUCCUUGGCGAUGAUGGGCACAUCAAAAUUGCAGACUUUGGAGUUAGUAACCAGUUUGAGGGCAGUGAUGCUUUACUGUCUAGCACUGCUGGCACUCCAGCCUUCAUGGCCCCAGAAACACUCUCUGAUAAUAGGAAGAGCUUUAGUGGAAAGGCACUAGACAUUUGGGCAAUAGGAGUGACACUUUUCUGCUUUGUAUUUGGAAAGUGCCCUUUUAUAGAUGAGUACAUUCUAUCAUUACAUAGCAAGAUAAAGAACAAGCCGGUGGAAUUUCCAGAAACGCCAGUAGUUAGCGAGUCACUGAAAGACUUACUUCUGCAAAUGCUGGAUAAAAACCCUGACUCUAGAAUAACUAUUCCAGAAAUAAAGUUACAUUCCUGGGUGACCAAGGAUGGCACAGACCCCCUGCCACUGGAAGAAGAGCACUGCAGUGUGGUUGAGGUGACAGAAGAUGAAAUCAAGAAUUCAAUUAAGCUAAUCCCCAGUCUUUCUGCAGUGAUUUUAGUAAAGGCAAUGUUGCGAAAACGCUCAUUUGGCAAUCCUUUUGAGUUUCAUUCAAGAAGAGAAGAAAGGUCCAUGUCGGCUCCUGGAAAUUUACUCAUGGACAGGUGGCUCUUUUAUUCUUCUAUAAAAGCUCAUCCUUCAUUAAGCAGGAAACAGAGCAGUGGUGAUGGAGCAAAGGAGAUGGAGCUCCCUGAUGUGCAUGAGGAUGAAGCCACCCCCUAACAUGACAACGGUCUGCCAGAGCCGUUCUGAGUUAAACUGUGCUGCAGUACCUUGGAUUGUUUUCGCACUUCAGCUAACCCACCCACCCCAUCAGCAACUCCAUGCUACAAUUGUGAAAUUUGGAAAAUCUGGAGUUGUUGAUGUCUUGGAGUUACUUGACAAGUACAAUGACAUGACCGUGUACAUGAGCAGAACACUCAGUUACGUUGUUUUGUGUGCUGUUGCCUUUUUCAUCAGCUGUCUGUAAUCAUUUGUCUUCUCUGGAUAUUGUCGCAUUGUGUAGCCCUUUUCUUGCUUUUUUGUUUAUUGAUUUGCUUUUCAUGAAUGUACACAUGAAAUCUGUCAAAAUUAACAAUGAAGACAACCUGUUUUUUGUAUGCCAAAAUUAGGAAAAACCUGUCUUUUGGUUGGAGUGUUUCCUUCUGGUUUUGGUCAGCACAUCGGUGAGAUAUGUACCUGGCUGUCAAACACAAGUUCUCUUACUCAAGUAACGGCUCAUUAACGUAGACAUUAUUUGCUACAUAAACACUUAAAAAUUAUCAAAAAUUUGAGUUUAACAAACAUCCAAAUAAUCUGUUUUCUAUAUAAUGCACUGAAAUGCUGAAGUCUCUAUAGUAAUUACUGACACUUUCAGCUCGACUUUUAUUAGUUUUUGCACUCUGUUGUCCUUACUGUAGUAUCUCUUGUAUGUGACAAAUUUAUGGACAGAGCACUUUGCUACCUAGUAUAUUGCCCUACAUCAUUAGCAGUGGUACCCAAUUGUAGUUUUAUUUAUUAUUAUUUUUUAAUCUUCCUGUAAUGCAACUUCAAAUUAAUUUUGAGCUGGUUUGCUUACACUCUUUAAACGAGUAAUUAUUUAUGUAUCAUCCUCCUCCUCCUUCUUGUCUAAAAUGUAGUAUCUGCUGGGCAGAGCAAGAAUAAAGCUAGGAACGGCUGCAAAGUGCUCCACUGGAGGUUUUAUUAUUUUUUUUUUUUUUUGUACAGAAAAGUUUACACUUGAUAAUGGCAGCCAGCUGAUUCACAGGGAUUUAAACAUAUCAUCAAAAUGUAAAUUAGAAUCUACUGACAGCAAGUAUAAAAGUAAAAAGACAAAACAAGACAAUCCCCAAAAUACUGACUAGACCACAGCAAUAUUAUAAUUAUUAGCAACUUCAGGACAACAAAGGCACCUUGCCUAUCCAUGUAGUAUGGUAAAUAAAUUUAAGCUUUGUUUUCGGAACAGAAAUUAUGAAUUAAAAGAUAACUUUAAGCCAAAGCAACCACUACAUGUUUGUUUUUCAUUUAAAAAUACAUACAGUUUUGUAGUGGCCACUAUUGUAAGCAGUUUUCCAAAGUGAUUAGGCGUAAAUUAGCAAGUGCAAGAAUACAAUAAAGCAAAGCAUUGAAUAGCAGCGAUUCAUUGUUUGGAAUUUGUGCCUUAUGUAGUGAGCUCUAAAGCAAAGUACCUUACAAAUAAAUGAACAGAGUCCUCUGCAUGUUGAAGCAAUAUGUUGACAUACACACUCCACUCAAUAGAAAUAAGACAAACAGUGUACUAAAUUACAGAAUGUCAGUAUUAGAAUUCAGCAUAGAAGACUGAAGGCGCUUCAUGGACAGACAAUAGGAAAAGGACCACAUGGAGUAAAUGUAUCUGUAACUUGUGUUGUGUGCAUUCCUGAAAAUCUUUUAAUACUUAUUAGCUAAAUUCUAAUAUUCCUCUACAUUUACUACUACAAUACCUGACACAGUGUUCCAGUGAGCAAAUGCUACAUUCAUCACCACACAAUUUGGUGAAUGCUCAAGUGUUUGCAAUUGUGAGAAACCUUGAGGUUGGUGAGCAAAUGGCAGAGUUCUGAAAGUUUAACCUGAAAUUGAUGAUCUCUACAGUGGUGGUUUGGUACAUGUCAGAACACUAAGAGCGGCUUCUUUUAUUUAAUGUCUUUAUCAUCUUUCAGUUAUACAAUCAUUGCUCAGUUCUCUGUUGCAAACAGGUUUUGUUCUCCGUUUUGUGAGGUGUUUUGUAAAGGAGGAUAAGAAGGCAUGCCCUUGAUGAUGUGACCUAUUUGUAAAUGGAUAGCCAGUGAAUUUAAUAUUAAGCAAAAAAAAAUAUGACUUUGGAGGACUGAUGAUUAUAGUAUGCAUACUCUAUGGUGAAAUUUAAUUUUAGUAGAAAUCAACUGCGUUAUAAUUUUUUUUUAAUUCUGAUCCCCUCCACCUCCCACAAUACAGUCUUCACUGUGGUAACCAAAGUACUUCUGAGAUGUUGUUGGAGUUAAAACAGACCCAAGAAAGUUUUCCUGGGCCAGUGUGCUACAGUAUUGCUCUGUAUGACUACUUUUAGGUGAAACUUUAAAGUAUCUAAAUUCAUACAGACCUAUAAUGUAGAAACUAAAACUAAGAGCAGCAGCAACAACAGCCCAGAUGAUGUAACUGCUCUAGAGUAAUGGUGCAGCAUCGCAAUAAACUGAGAGUAAAGCCUCAGGUGAAAUAUUUGUUGGAUAUUUGUUUCAUUUUGCCCAUACUCAUUUUCUUCCCUAUCAAGACAUUUCAUUCAAUAAGAAACAGGAAAGAAAAAAAGGAAUACAGAUUAGCUGCUUACUGAAUUAUAUAACCAGACUAUCCAUCUUACUUAGGCUGCCCAUGAGAGGACUUGUGUUCAGAACCAUUUUGUAUGUCCUACUGCACUAGCUGAUGAAAACAUGUAUUCGUUUGUUAAUUUUUCCAUCAAGGCUGUUGGUAGACUGGAGGAGGCUAGUCUAAAGUGUGAUAAUCUGUACCUUUUUAUUAAUCUUCUUGUCCUCAUUCACUGAAUUUCAAGUUUCUGAACGUUUCUAGCUCGUCGAAUAUCAAGAGUUUCUAAGCACAUAAAGUAUUUUGUCUGCUUGGGAUUAUCCUAGGAAGAACAUAUAAAAGCUGUGCAGUUGUCCAUCUAUGACUUUUUAGAAAUAUCUCCAUUCUGAUCCCACCUACUACUGCAAGUUUGACAGCUGUUUUGGAUACAUAACACAGACAGAUGCAUGUCUCUGCUUUACAAAUUAUCUGAUGCAAUGGAUCUUUAUCUUCGUCACUGAGGAAAUUAUGAGCUUGGCUUUUGUGACAUAUUUAUUUGUUUGUAACAGCAUGCCACUGAGUUCUUAUUAGAGUAUGGCAGACCAUUCACUGGGAUACAACUUGACACACAAGCUGUUAUGCAGCAAGAUAAUGUCUGAUUUUAACUUUUUUUAUAUGGGUGCACUUUACUGUUGUUAGUUGAUGCGGUAGUUCAAAUGUCCAUGUUUACAGAGACACUAUUGUGGAACCAUUUCACACAAAAAGUGAAGGGCUUCUGCUGCCUAUAUGACUAAAUAAAUUUUCAGUUUCAUAUUUACAUAAUACUUAGUCAUAUCCUUGGCAGUAUGACAAAAUCAUCACUAUUUUGUUACAAAACAAUUACAUGAUCGCAAUUAGAAAAUAAUUAAAGAGAUUUAAUGUGACUUAGGUUAUUUAUAUAUAUAUAUAUAUAUAUACACGUUUAAUCUGUGUUUACAUGACCAAUUGCUAUCUCAGUCCUCUGAUAUCCCAUGCUAUCUUUAGUUCCAAGUUUUACUGUUUGAUGGUAAAGCUUACGUUUUGGACCAUGUAGCGUUUUGUAACUGAGGACUGAGGAGUUGAGUAAAUAUUCAACUUUCAUCACUGAUGGUGUCUUUUAUCAAAUCAGGUUUACUUUAUGUAGUGUCUUUCUAUUUCAUAUACACUAUGUAGUUUAUAUGUGUUUUGAACGUUGCUGACUUCAUUAAAUUGAGAACAUUCCUGUAAUGUAAAUCCUUGCUUUUAAUGCCAAAGCCUUAUUUUCUUUUUUUGGAAUGCAACUGAGAUGCUGUGUUUUGUCAAAUACGGAUUCAAAUGCUUUAGUUAAAUUUCCCAGGAAUUUUAUAUUUGCAUUCUGAUCACAUGUUGUGACAGACUCAAACUUUAUUUUGGUAAGAGAUUGUUGCUGUGUAUUUUUCACCUUCAGAAAGCAAGCUAAGCUUUCUUUUCAACUUGCAUCCUUCUGUGCUGAUAUGAACUGCCUGACUAGCAGGGGACUAGUAAGGCUGUGUAAUUAUUGAAUGAGCAAUUUCAGUAAACAGUUGGUCAUCAGACUCAGAAGAGCAAAAAUGGAUAAUUGAACAUGUUCAUUAUAUCUUGUGUUGAUUAUAAACAGCCAAAAAGUUAAGAUGCAACUACUGAACUCCCUCAUCCCCUCUCACAAAUAUGAAAUCUGCCAUAAUACAAAAAUUGGCUUGUGAGCCAAUAUAUCCUGAUCCCCAAGUUCACAGAAUCCAGAAAGAUGGAAAACCAGCACAUUAGUGGCCAAAAUUGAGCUUAUGUCUGCAAGCUUUCAAGUGUUCUGAGCAAAAUGUUGACUUACUGUGACUUGUGCUUUUUGAAAACCAAAUGAAAUGCAGAACAAUGACUACAGAUUUUUUAGAGGGCUAUCCUUUAGGAGGGCAUUGAAAGAAGAGAGCAUGAAAUAUCAUUUUACUCUAGCAUUGCUGCUAUGUAUUAUACUGUUUGUCAGUGUUUGCCAUUUGUUUUUGCAUAACAUUUCACUGGAUGUAAAGCAUACUUUUGAAUGUACUGAAGGUAGCCAUUGUAAAAUGAUGCAUGAUUUCUCUCUACUGAACUGUAAAUAUGUACCGAUAUAAAGAGGCUAUUUUUUGCAUGCUUUUGUACAUUAGUCAAAAUAAUAAAAUCAUCCGCACACAAUAAAACUCUG